AAAAAUUAAUUACAACAGCGCCAAUAUAUUUAUUUAUACACACAUAGUAUAUAUAUAUAAAAGUAAAAAUAAAAAUUAACAAAAAAAAAAUGAAAUUUACUAUAAAAAAUUUAUUUUGAAUAUAAUUAAAUUAAAUUAAUUAAAAAUGAAAAAAAAAAUUAUAAUAUAAAAAAAAAAAUCACAAAAAAAUGAAUGAUAACAAAAAUCCUUUAAAAAAGGAUAUUAAAAAAAGAAUGAAUAACAAUUGAGAAGAAGAAAAUAAAUAAAAAUUACACAUGAGCAAAGAUUGCAUAAAAUUAGGAGCAUGGUCUGUGGAAACAGUCUUAAAAUUUAUAUUAUUAAAAUCAUUAAUAAUUCGAAUCGUAAAUUCAGCUGCAAAUACAAUAAAAACACAAAUGUCGAUAUUGGAAAAUAAUUUUUUAAUACAAAAAUGCAGAAUGUAUUACUGACGGCGAAAAUUCAUGCAACAAGAAUAGCGGCCACAGCAGCUUUAAAUGUAGCAGCUAAUAAGAAAACAAAUAACAAAACUCAUAAUAAUAGUAAUAAUAAUAAGAAUAAUAAAUAUAUAAAUAAAAAUAAUAAUAAAAAUAAUAGUAGUAGUAGUAGUAAAAUUGAUAGUGAUGAUAACAAUUGUAAUACUAAUAUUAACAAAACAAAAAAAUGUUUAAGAACAAAUAACAACCGUAUUAUACGUAAUAAUAAUAAUAAUAAUAAUAAUAAUAAUAAUAAUAAUAAGAAUAAUAUAAUAAAUACAAAUAAAGGUGAUUCAAUUAUUAUAAAACAGAAAGAAUAUCAGAAAAAACAACAAAAAUAUCAAAAACCUACACAAAAUAAUUGUAAUAAAAUAAUUAAAAAAUUAAUUAAUAAUAAUAAUAUCGAGAAUAAUCAUAAAAAUGAAGAUAAUAAUAAAGAAUUUCAAUUAAAAAUUACAAAUAUUAAUAAAAACAACAUAAAAAGAAAUAAUUUAAAUUUAAAUACUAGAAUAUAUAAUACAAAAAAAUCAAAUAUAAUAAAUAAAAGAUCAAAAAUUAUUAAAAAUCAAAAGAAAAUACUUAAUAAAAAAAUAAGAAGAGAAGAACAACAACUUAAGCAAAUAGAAUACAAUAUUGGAAGAAAUGAAAAUAAUAUAAUAUUAAAUGAACAAAAACAACAAAAAGAAAAAAAAGGGAAAGAAAUUAAUUAUAUUAUAAAAAAAAGUUCAGAAAACGGUAAAAUUAAUAAAAUAAAUAGAGAAGAAAUAGAAGAUAACAAAAAUUAUACUAAAUGUAGAAAUCUUAGAAAAAAUAAUACAAAUCAGAAACAAUUAAUUAUAAAUACAAAAGUUAGUAAUAUUAAAAAAUUUAAAACAAACAAAAAAUAUAAUAAAAUAAUAAAUCAGAAAAUAGAAAAAUAUUUAAAAAAAGAGAAUAAAAAUAUUUUAAAUGUUACAAUGCCGCCGCCACCACAACCACCACCAGCACCACCAGCACCACCACCAUCUACAACACAACAACCACUACCAGAUUCAUCAUUAUCAUCCAUAAAUAGUAAAGCACAACAAAAAUCAACAAUAACGGUGACGGCAUCUUUACCAUCAUCAUCAUUAAUACCAACAUCACUAACUUCGUCAUCAUUAAGAAUAGCAUCUACACCAGUAUCAACAUCAUCAUCAUCAUUAUCAUCAUCGUUAUCAACAACAACAAAAAUAGCAUCACAAUUAAUAUCGACAGUAGGGACAAAUAUAGCUGCAGAACAACAAAAGCAAUUAUCAAUUUCUGAUAUAACACCACGAAAACGUAGAAGAAAACGUGAUGAUCCUCAAAGUUGCUUUACAAAUUCUGAAGAAUACGAUUCAGAUGGAGGAUCCCCAAUGUCGUGCUCAGAUGUUGAGAGUUUUCAAGGCAAGAUAGUUUAUAAUCCAGAUGGAAGUGCUUAUAUCAUUGAUUCCGAAAAUGAUUCAUUAUCAAAUUUAUCGGAAAGUUGUUUAAACAAUCCCCCAUCUACAAAUAAUCCAAAAAUUCAUUCAUUUCGUGUUGUAACAGCACAUGAUGCAACACAUCAAACAAAUGAACCAAAUAAUGUUAAAAUACAAAAGCCAAUAUUAAUGUGUUUUAUAUGUAAAUUAAGUUUUGGUAAUACAAAAUCAUUUAGCUUACAUGCAAAUACUGAGCAUACAUUAAAUUUACAAGAAUCCGAAAAAUUAUUAUUGAAUCGUGAAUAUUCUAGUGCCAUAAUACAGCGCAAUGUUGAUGAGAAACCUCAAAUAUCAUUUUUAGAACCUCUUGAUUUACAUAAUAAACAGCAACAACAACAGCAGCAGCAACAACAACAGCAAAAACAACAACAACAAUAUAUAAAUAUUGAUUUAACAUCAAUAACAACAUCCUCACUGUCAACGUCAUCAACAACAGUUUCUUUUACAUCAGUAUCAGCAUUAACAACAACAGUAACAUCAGCUCAAUCACCAAUAAAUUUAAUGUCAACAGCAACAACUACUCCAUCAAUAAUAGAUAAUAUUAAUAAUAAAAAUAAUAAUAGUGAUCCAAAUGAUAUAUCAAUUACAUCAACAAUAUCAACAACAACUGGUACAACAGGAACUAAUUUAACAUAUAAUACUAAUAAUAAAAAUAGCAUGAAUAUUGAUAUCAAAAAUAGUAAUAAUAAAAAUGAUAACAAUGAUAAUACAGGAAAUAAUAAUGAUAAUUGUAGUACAACAUCAGAAACAAAUUCAAUAUCAUCAUUUCCAAAUAAACCAUCAUCAUCUACCUUAUUAACUAAAAAUACCAAUACUAGUUCACAUUCAUCGUUAUCCUCUUCCUUAUCGUCACAACAAUUAACAAUAAAUGCAGCACCCAUAGGAUCAACAUCGCCUGAAACAGCAACAUGUUCAAUAAAUUUAUUGGAAGCAGAAUCAGGGGCGAUAUCAGCAAUUAAUAACAAUAAUAAUAGUGAUAAUGUAAUAAAUUUAACUUCACCGUCAUCAACUUUAACUGGUGGUGAAAUAAGUCAUCCAAAUAAUAGCUGUAACAAUAAUAAUAGUAACAACAACAAUAACAGUAAUAUUAGUAGCAGCAGUAGUAGCAGUAGUAAUAAUAAAAAUAAUGAUAUAACAACAAAUUUCUGUUUAACAUCAGAUCCGACACCAACAACGUCAACUGAUAACACAUUUUCAAAAAAUUCAGCAAGUAAUGAAAAUGAAAAUAAUUUAGUAACAUCAACAACAACAACUCUGACAUCGACAGCAUCAACCACCUUAGCAACAAACACAAAUUCAACAUUAUCAGUAAUCUCCUCUCCAAUAUCAUCAAUUACCACUUCCCAAUCUCAAAAAUUAAAUAAUAAGAGUAAUAAUAAUACUGUAACAAAUAUAAAUAAUAGUAAUAAUAAUAGCGGUAGCAGUAGUAGUACUAGUUGCAGUAAUAACAAUAAUAACAAUAAUAUUAAUAAUAAUAAUAAUAGUUGCAAUACAAUUAAUAGUAAUUGUAGUAAUUUAACAUCAGAUUUCUUACAACAACAAUUACAACAAAUGCAGCAACAAUUUCAAAAGCAUCAACAACGUAGUGCAAUUAUCGGAAAUAUCAAUUCUAAUACUAAUAACACUAAUUUACUAGGAGGAAAUCCUUCAAUACAAGCAUCAUUAGCAGCGGCUGUUGCUGCUGCUGCAGCAGCUCAACAACAACAGCAAAACGAUAUUAGCAAUACGAGCAAUAGCGCUAAGCUACUAAAUGAACUUUUCCAACAUCAAUUUCAGCAACAACAACAACAAUCGUUAUCAAUUGCAUGUCCUGAACAUGCUAUUACUGGUAUGAAAGGUUUGGAUUGUAAAGCAUGUGAGUUAAUAAAUAUUAAUUUAAAUAAAUCACCCUUGACACCAACAAAGUCACCAACAAAUAGUUUGAAUAUACCAUCACCGUCAGCAGCAGCAGCAGCAGCUGCAGCCGCUGCGGCGGCAGCUGUUGUUGCAUCUGCUCAACAGUUAACAAUGUCUCCAUCAUCAAUUGUUUGUGGUAAUAAUGGCGGUGGAAAUAAUGGUAGUAGUAGUAAUCUUAGUGCAAAUAAUAAUAAUGCUAGUAGUACAUCACAAUCUGCAGCAUCUGCAGCGCCAAGUUUUACAAUCGGUGCAUGUCCAGAACAUAUUAGUGGCAGACCAUUGGGCGUUGAUUGUGCAAGGUGUGAAAUGAUAUUAAACACGGCUCGUUUAAAUAGUGGGGUUCAAAUAUCAACUCGAAAUUCAUGUAAAACGUUAAAAUGUCCGCAGUGCAAUUGGCAUUAUAAAUAUCAAGAAACUCUUGAAAUUCAUAUGAGGGAAAAGCAUCCAGAUGGCGAAAGUGCAUGUGGUUAUUGCUUAGCUGGCCAACAACAUCCACGUCUGGCACGUGGUGAAUCAUAUACGUGUGGUUAUAAGCCAUACCGUUGUGAAAUUUGUAACUAUUCAACAACAACAAAAGGAAAUUUAUCAAUUCAUAUGCAAAGCGAUAAACAUUUGAAUAACAUGCAAGAACUAAAUAAUUCACAAAAUAUUCAAAAUGCUGCAGCAGCAGCAGCAAUAUCAGCUGUUGCAGCUGCUUCAGCUGCUAGUUCUGCCAAUUCAAAUAAUAACUUAUUGGCAUCAACAUCUACAGUGGGUGGAAGUGGCAACAAUAGUGGUUCUAGCAAUAUACCCGUAAGCGCGGCAGGAGGUAAUAAUUCUAGUGGAAAUAUUGGUAGUACAAGUGGUAUUACUUGUUCAACAAUUGAUUUAAUUCGUGAUAGCCCAAAAAUUCUAAUGCCAAAUACACAUUCAGGUAAUACAACAAAUAUUGGUAGUGGUAAUAAUAGCAAUAGUGGCGUAGGUGGUAAUGGUAACGGUAACCCCGGUAGUAGCGGAAAUAAUUCAAUUAAUCUGAUUUCCCAGCAAUCACAACAACAGCAACAACAACAAACUCAAUCAUCUAGUUCACAAAAACCAAAACCAUCAUUUCGCUGUGAUGUUUGCUCUUAUGAAACAUCAGUUGCACGUAAUUUACGUAUACAUAUGACAAGUGAAAAGCAUACGCAUAAUAUGGCUGUAUUACAAAAUAAUAUGAAGCAUUUUCAAGCAUUAUCAUUUUUACAAUCGCAGCAGCAAAAUUUAGCUGCAGCUAAUUUGCCAGCUAAUUUGGCGGUUGCUGCAGCAGCUGCAGCUCAAUUAGGACAAAAUAUACCGAAUUUACAAAAUUUUUUACCAGAAGCAGCAUUAGCUGAUUUAGCAUAUAAUCAAGCAUUAAUGAUACAAUUAUUACAUCAAAAUUCAGCAACUGGCGCUUUAGGUGCUGCUGCAGCAGCAGCAGCGGCCGCUGCCGCGCAACAGUCACCAAAUGCAGCAGCUGCAGCCGCAGCUGUACAUCAACUACAACAACAACAGCAACAGGCAGCGGCUGCUGUAGCUGCACUAUCAGCAGCAAGUGGAAACAAUCCUGCAGCAGCAGCAGCAGCUGCAGCAGCGGCUGCGGCCGCGUCUUUAAUUGGUGGAUCAUCAAGUUCAAAUAAUAGUAGUAAUAGUGGAAAUUCAUCUCAAUCUUCAAUACAAAUAAACUCUAGUAAUAUUAAUAAUAAUAAUCCAAAUUUAUCGUCUCAAAUUCCAAAUCAACAACAUCAGCAACAGCAACAACAAAAUAAUGCAACUGCUGCUGCAUUGGCUGCUAACGCACUAAUGAAUAGCGCAGCUGCAAUAUCAGGAGUUGGAAUUGAACCAGACCAAGGGCUCAAUCCAGACUCUUUUGAACCACCAAUGGAAAUUGAUCCAAAACCUACAACAAUAUACAGUUGUUUAAUUUGUUCUGUUUAUAAUACAAAUAAUUUAGAUGAAUUAAAUAAUCACAUUAUGUUGGAUCGUUCACGUAAUUGUAAUAAUAACAGUAGUAGUAACAGUAACAAUAGUAAUAAUAAUGCUAAUAAUAAUAAUAAUAAUAAUAAUAGUAAUAAUAAUAAUGGUGAUAUUAUGCUUAUUAUUAAUAAUAAUUAUAUAUGCCGUUUAUGUAAUUAUAAAACAAAUUUAAAAGCAAAUUUUCAAUUACAUAGUAAAACAGAUAAACAUAUUCAAAAAUUAAAUUAUAUUAAUCAUAUCAAAGAAGGUGGUGUAAAAAAUGAGUACAAAUUGAAAUAUAAUAAUACAAAUACAAUUCAAUUGAAAUGUAAUUGUUGUGAUUUUUAUACAAAUUCAAUACAAAAAUUAAAUAUGCAUGCCCAACAUAUGCGACAUGAUACUAUGAAAAUAAUAUUUCAACAUUUGUUGUAUACGAUAAAUAAUUAUGAAUUACAUCAACAACAACAACAAAAUAAUGCACUAAUUAUUUCAUCAAGACGUAGUAGUAAUAACAAUAAUAGCAGUAAUGAUAAUAUUAAUAUUAAUAUUAAUAGCAAUAAUGAUAACAAUGAUAAUUCAGCAAUAUCAAUGCAAGGAAAUUUAAUAACAUUAAAUGAUAAUAUGCAAUUAAAUCAAGAUAAUAAAUAUAAUAAAAAUAAAUUAUUAUUAUGCCAAUUAUGUAAUUAUAAAACAUCAAAUAUAUUACAAAUGAUACAACACAUUAAAAGUUUAAGGCAUAUGCAAGUUGAACAAUUUAUUUGCUUACAAAGACGUAGCGAAAAUAUGGAACAAUUGGAAUUAAAUGAUGUAUUUAAAUUAUGUGAUAACGAUGUCGUAAAAAGUGAAAGACCAAGCCCAUCAAAUAGCCCUUUAAUGAAAUAUGAACAGGGUACAUCAAUAUCAUUUGGUGCAAAUAUUGAUAUGCAUCAUCAAUUGCAACAGCAGCAUCAUCAUAAUCAACAACAGCAACAACAACAGCAAAAUAUGGGCUAUGAUUUGUCAUUAGCAAGUCCAUUAUCAACUAACUUGUCAAACAAUACACCAUCAAUAGCGGAUAUACAACCGACAACAGUAUACAAAUGUAAUAAUUGUGAAUAUUUAACUGAGAUUAAAAUCGAUAUUGAUCGUCAUAUUGAACAAGUUCAUCCAACGAAUUCGUUAGAGAAUGAUUAUUUAAUAAUACCCACCAAUACAGCCGCAUUACAUGCAUUCCAACAAGCUUUACAUGCAGCAGCAGCUGCAGCAGCUGCAUCUGCAGCUUCAUCUGCAGCUUCAUCUUCCUCACAAAUAUCUAAUAAGCAGCAAUUAAUAGACUAUAAUCAAGUCGGAAAAUAUUUUCAACAUCAGCAACAAGAAUUGCAACAUCAACAAAAGCAGCACCAUAAAAAUUAUUCACAUACUCAAUUACAGCAUCAACGAUCAAUGACACCAUCUUCCUUAUCCGGUAGUGUUACUAACACUGGAAUAACUGAUGAUAUUGAUAGCGAACAUCAUACUGUUAAAAUUGAAAAACCUGACAAUGAUAACGAAUCAUUUGAUGAUGUACAACAAAAUGAUGAUUUAGAGGAACAACAACAUCUUCAACAUCAAGAGUCACAACAUCAAAGUGAUACUGAUGAUCACGUUAUUGAUGAAAUUGACGAAGAAGAUAACAAUAACAUGUAUCAUAGUGUGCGUGACGAUGAUGAUGAUGACAACGUUGUAGAUGAUAAUAUGGAAGACAUGGAUGAUGAUAAUAAUAAAAGUGAUUAUCAUGAAAUAAACGCGAUUGUUUGCCCAUUAUGUCAAGAUACGUUUAAUAAUAAAAAGUUACUGGAAAAACAUGUUAUGGGUGUUCACAGCGUAAACAGUGACGGACUGGUACGCCUUUUACAAUUAGUUGACACUAGUCAUUGGUUAAACGCAUCACAAGCAACAACCACAACAACUGCCACAUCAUCAUAUCGGCAGCAAUCUACAUCGUCAGUAUUAUCGUCGUCAACACCACUAAGUAAAUCAAAUAAAAAUCAAACUAGUCCCGAAUCAAAAAAUUUGGUAUCAGCAUUGUCUCCAUCCUUAUCUCCAACAGCAACAACUACAUCUUCCAAAGUAACUGAAACAAGUCCCGAUAAUUCUAGCAAUGCAUUGGGUAAUCAAGGAAUACCUUGUACACCUUCUUCUAUAAUAGCACCAUCAACCACUACAAUAAUACCGACUGUUGCAACAGCAUCAUCAAGUAAUAGUAUAAAUCCACUAUCAAUUGAAAUAGAAUGUCAACAAUGUAAUUUGCAACUAAAAUCAAUGCAAGAUUUAUUGCAACAUUGUACAACUAAUCAACAUUUUAUUACAACAACAAUAUCACAAUCAUCAUCAGCUACUCCAGCAACAGCAAUAGGAAUGAAUGCUACUGAUUUAUCUGCCUCAGCAACAACAUCGUCAUCAACAUCAUCAUCAGUUUCUGGUACAAUGCAAUACAACUGUUUGUUAAAACAAUGCCAUAUACAAUUUAAUAACAUAACCUCAUUGGUAGCACACUUUAAAGAUAAUCAUAUGAAUAUUGUUAUAUCAGAACGACAUGUCUACAAAUAUCGUUGUAAGCAGUGUUCAUUAGCAUUUAAAACGCAAGAAAAAUUAAAUGCACAUUCAUUGUAUCAUACUAUGCGUGACGCAACAAAAUGUAUGAUAUGUCGUAGAAGUUUUCGAAGUACGCAAUCCUUGCAAAAACAUAUUGAGCAAUCUCACCCAACCACGCAAAAUCAACAACCUCAACAAUUUCCUCAACAACAACAAGUUGUGAGUAAUUCCGGCGAUAAUAAUACUACAAAAUCUUGUACAACGUCAUCACCGCCUGUUUCACCAGCUAGUAGUAUUGGUGGUGAUGCAUCAACUUUAAUAAACAUUAAUGAACAACAGCAAACUAGGAAUUCUACUAGUACUCCAACUUUUGCGGACAAUGAACAAAUUGGAAUCAGUAACAACGUUAACACAAUAGUAUCGACAACUGCUACAAAUGCAGUUAAAACAACACUGUCGUUAUCAUCCUCUUCAUCACCAUCAGCGUCAUCGUCACCAUCAAUAUUAAUACAAAAUUUAAAUAAAAAUGAUUCGGACGAUGCAAUAUUAAAUCAAUCAAAUAAUAAUGAUUCGUCAAUAAUUGAUACAUCAAUAAAUGAUAUUGAUAAUAAUCCUACUUAUGAGCAACAAGUUUCUGAGUUAGACGAAUAUAUGAAUACACAACGAAUGGCUGAAGAAAAUUAUAACGAUAUUAAUCGUAAACAUAAAUGCCAAAGAUGUAAAGUUGCCUAUACAAUACAAAUUUUUCUACAACAACAUUAUAAAAGCCAACAACAUCGUCGUAAUGAAAAGUUACAACAACAACAUCACCCGCAGCAACAAUCUAACAAUUAUCCACUUGAAAAGUAUUUAGACCCAAAUCGUCCAUUUAAGUGUGAAAUAUGUCGUGAAAGUUUCACACAAAAAAAUAUAUUAUUAGUACAUUACAAUAGUGUUUCACACUUACAUAAAAUGAAAAAACAUCAAAAUGAAUUAGCUGGUAGUACAAUAACAGCAGCAACAUCAACAAUAACGUCACCAGCAUCGGUGUCACCGAGUAAUAAUGAUACAAUAUUCAAUUACACAACCGAUGAACGUAAUGACGAGCAUAAGUCAAUUGAUUUAGACUAUGAUAUUCAAAAUAGCAGUAGUAGUACUUCAAAUGUAAAUACCAUUACGAACUCAAAUACUUUAAUAGCAACAGCAACAACAGCGGCGAAUUCAACAACGACCGCACUAACAGCAACAACAGUCUCAAAUAAUCCCAGUAAUAAUGACGCAAUAAAUCAAUAUAAAAGAAAAUUAAGCCCUGAAAACGAUUAUGAAAGUCCUAAGAAACGUUUUAAAUGUGAUAUUUGCAAAGUUGCAUAUGCUCAAGGUAGCACACUUGAUAUCCACAUGCGUAGUGUAUUGCACCAAACGAGAGCCUGUCGAUUGCAGGAGCAACAAAGUCAACAGCAACACCAACAACAAUCAAUAUCACCACAUUUGUCAAAAGGUAAUAACGAUUCAAAUAGUAAUAGCAAUUGUCCAAAGUUAAGUCCAAAUAACAAUCAAAAUCAGAAAGAUGAUGAUUUUAAUGUCGCAACAAAUUUGACAAGUAAAUUUAAUAAUCAGAUUUAUAAAACAUUAUUGGAAAACUUUGGUUUUGAUAUUGUUAAACAAUUCAAUGAAAUAAAUAAUAAGGCUGGCAUUAGUGCAAAUACCAAUAACGACAACUUGAAUGACAGUGACAAUGGUACAAGUAAUUUCAGUAAUAAUAUAAAUAAUAAUAAUAAUAAUAUAACAGCAUCUCCAGGACCAAUGCAAUCAAAUGAUAAUAUAGAACAAUUACCAUCGCCAAUUGAUAUAUCAAAUGAUUUACACACAACAAAUUCAAGUGGUAGUAAAAACAACAACGAAAUAAAAGAAACAGCCGUAUCUUCUACAGUGACAUCGUCUAUAGUAACUUCAACAACACCAACGACAGUUACUGCGCCAUCAACAUUGGCAUUAACACCUAGUGAAGAAAAAUACUACUGUCGUCACUGUAAGAAAACUUUCUCAUCAAUAUUUGUAUUGAAAACACAUUGUGAAGAAAUCCAUAACGACAAAAUACCAUUAGAAUUUUUGGAAAAAUUUGCAGAAAAAUUCAAGAAUUAUUAUUUAGAUCAUGAGACGAUAACAUCACCAUCAUCAUCCACAUUACAAUUAAAUUCAAUAUCAAUGAAUUCUGACAAUGAAAUAUUAGAUUUUUCCUCUAAAACAAAAUUGUCGAAUUCCCCUUCACCGGCAUUAUCAGCAACAAGUAGCCAGAAUAUUAGUUUAAAAGAUCCCCAACAAUUAUUGGCACCAAAAACUACAGAAUCAAUUAAUUUGUUAUCACCUGGUGCUGUAAGCAUAUCAUCAACUAGCGGUGGUUGUGGUAGUAGUAAUAAUAACAAUAGUGGUAUAACAUCAUUAAUUGGAUCAAAUAAUUGUGGUAAUAAUAUGACUAAUAUACGUUCAUCUUCAUCGCCAACACCAAGUCAAUCAAGUUUAACAAGCGGUGGUAUACCACCAUCAGUAUGUAGUCCUGUAGCCGCAGCUUUACUUAAACAACAAGCAACUGCGGCAGCUGCUGCUGCCUUACAAAAUCCAUUAAUGCCAGAUUUAGCUCAGAAAUUAAAUUUGGAUCCAACCGUAUUGGCACAAAAAUUAGUUGAGCAAAAUAUGACUGGAAUUCCUAUAAAUUUUUCUAAUUUAAUUAAUCAAGCUGGCAAUAACAGUAAUACAAGUAAUACAACCUCAAAUAAUAGUGCUGCGAAUGGCAGUAGCACAAAUAAUUCGAUGAAUACAUUGGAUAUGAUAAAUUUAAUGCAAUUUCAUCAUUUAAUGUCUUUGAAUUUUAUGAACCUGGCACCACCUUUAAUUUUUGGUGGUGGUAAUAAUGGUGGACCAUCAUCAUCUGUUGUACCACCAUCAAUUACAGAACAAAUUGGUACAACUAACGGAAAUAAUAGUAAUAGUGGUAGCAAUAUUCAACAAUCGCCAUCACAGCAACAGCAACAACAGCAGCAAUCACAACAAUCCACACCUCAAGUUCAAUUAUUGGCUGCUCAACAAGCAGUUGCUGUUCAACAAGCAGCUGCUGCUGCAGCGGCUGCUGCUGCUGCUGCGUCGAAUAAUCAAAAACGUGCCAGAACACGUAUUACGGAUGAUCAAUUAAAGAUAUUACGUGCACAUUUUGAUAUAAAUAAUUCACCUAGUGAAGAAAGUAUUAUGGAAAUGUCGAAAAAAGCCAAUUUACCAAUGAAGGUUGUUAAACAUUGGUUUCGUAAUACACUGUUUAAGGAACGUCAACGUAAUAAAGACUCUCCAUAUAAUUUCAAUAAUCCACCAUCGACAACAUUAAAUUUAGAAGAAUACGAAAGAACCGGUCAAGCUAAGGUGACCCCUUUAGUGGAAGGUGGGGGUGGUGGUGAACAGUUGUCUGAUUUACAACAGCAACAACAACAGCAGCAUCCCCACUUACAAAUUCAAAAUUCUCAACAGCAACAACGUCCAUCAUCUUCACAAUCAAAUGAAUCAAAUAGUAGUAGUCAGCACCACGUAUCUUUAAUACCACAACAUCAUUUAACACAGUUAUCGCUACAAGCAUCCCUACAUCAUUCACAUAUUCAACAGCAGCAAGAUAGUAGAUCAGAUUCUAAUCGACCCUUAUCACAGUCAUCAAGUAUUGCAUCGAGUAGUGAUCGUGAACGUUUGUUGUCCUCAUCAGAUCAAAUACAUAUUAAAUCUGAGCCAUCUGAUGAUUUACAGUUAAAUUCAAUGGAUUCAAUUGAUCAUCAUCACCACCAUUUGCAACAACAACAGCAUAAACAGCAUCAUCAUCUAAUUAAAAAUGAAUCGCAUCAUUUAAAUUUAGAUAUUGAACAACAACAACAUCAUCAUCUGUUGCAACAACAAGCUGCAGCUGCAGCAGUUGCCGCUGCUGCAGCACAACAACUACAGCAACAACAACAUCAUCAUCAUCAACAAAAUUUAUUUUAUAAUAAUUAUGAAACAAAAUCAGAAUCUGGUAGUUCAGAAGUUUUGUCAAGACCACAAACACCAAAUAGCGCGUCAGCUAUUACAACAUCAGCAACAUACAAUAAUUUAAAUGAUAUUUUGAAUCAGCAAAUAGAAAGUUUACCAUUAAAUAACUUAGCUAGCAUUGGCAAUUUAAAUAACAUGGGACCACCAAAAAAAUUUCAAAUAAAUAAAAUUUUUGAAAAGGGUAAUUUUGAAACAAAUUCAAAUUCAUCAAACAGUUCAUCGUCGAGUGGAAAACGUGCUAAUCGAACACGCUUUACUGAUUAUCAAAUUAAAGUAUUACAGGAAUUCUUUGAAAAUAAUUCAUAUCCAAAGGAUAGCGAUUUAGAAUACUUGAGUAAAUUAUUAUUGUUGUCACCACGUGUAAUAGUUGUGUGGUUUCAGAACGCUCGUCAAAAACAACGUAAAAUAUACGAAAAUCAACCAAAUAAUUCAUUUUAUGAAUCAGAAGAAAAAAAACCUAACAUAAACUAUACAUGCAAGAAAUGUAAUUUAGUAUUUCAACGUUACUAUGAGCUUAUAAGACAUCAAAAGAAUCAUUGUUUUAAAGAAGAGAAUAAUAAAAAAUCGGCAAAAGCUCAAAUUGCAGCAGCACAGAUCGCACAAAGUUUAAGCAGUGAAGAUUCAAAUUCGUCAAUGGAUAUAAAUAAUCCGACUUUAUUAUCAUCCAGUUUGGCCGCACAACAAGCUGCUGCUGCAGCAGCGGCAGCGUUGUCAGCCUCUGUUGGCCAUCAUCAACUACCAUCUAAUUUAUCUCCAAGUCCCAAUUUAAAUAUUUUGGGUGCAUCAAGUUCCCCGCAUCAUCAUCUUUCUCAUUCAAAUAAUAAGCUUACUAGUAUGUCACCACUAAGCCCAUCAUCCACUGGGCUUACUGGUGGUAGCGGUGGUGGUAAUACUGGCAACACUAAUGCAAGUGGUAGCAGUGGAACUAGUCAACAAAAAUCACAAUCUAAAUAUGAGUGCGAUAAAUGUCAAUUGACAUUUUCACGUUAUGAGCAAUUCAAAGAUCAUCAAUUUUUGCAUAUUAUGAAUCCAAAUUUAUUUCUAAAUCCACAGCAAUAUGGAAGUGAAUUACACCAUCACCAACAACAACAAUAUGGUGGUUUAAAUGAUCAAGAUAUGUCAAUUGAUUUAACAUCCAAAUCAUCAUCAUCCACAUCUUUAGUAAAUCAAUUAACAAAAGGUAAACGAAAAAACUGCGAUUAUGAUGAUAGAAUAACAUCAUCGUCGUCUACAUCAUCUUCAUCAGCAGCAGCAACAGCCGCCCAUGCUGCGUCAGCGAUUGCACUUCCCUCAUCAACGUUAAUGGCUGCCAAUGCAGCUGCUGCAACAAUGUUAUCUGAUUAUGAAUUACUGAAUAAAAAAUUUAAAGCAGAUCAAUAUGAAUUUUUAUAUCAAUAUUUUUUACAAAAUGAAAAAAAUGAUGAAAUCAAAAAGCAAUAUCGUGAACAACAUUUUCAAACAAGCUACGAUAUUGAUUUUUUAACAAAUUAUUAUCAAACAAAUGAAUUGAAAAAACGUACAAAUUAUGAUUAUUUAUUUCAAUACUAUAUACAAAAUGAAACAUUGAAUAAAACAACGUCACCUCAUGAACUAAUGUUAUUAGCGGCAGCUGCCAAUUCCGGUGGUAUCGGUGGUAGUAGUAACAAUAAUUCAACAUCAUCUACAAUUAAUAAUAAUGAUGGUAUCAAACAACCAAAUAUAGAUUUUUUAUUACAAUAUUAUCAAUUAAAUGAAUCAAAAAAGUUUUUUCAGUUAGAAGCCUCGCCCCAACAAAUUCAUGAUUUUUCAUCCCACCUAACAACAAAUACAACACAUAUGAACAACAAUACUGUUGGUGGUGAUGAUAAUAGUGAUGAUACAAAUAAUAAUAUCAAUCAUAAUAAUAGUAGCAACAACAGUAAUAAUGCUAAUAAUAAUGCUAAUAAUAAUAAUAAUAAUAAUAAUAAUAAUAACGAUUAUAAUAAUGAUAAUGAUAAUAAUAAUGGAAUUAAUAAUAAUAAUAAUAGUACAAUCAACAAUAUUAAUAACGAGAAUACUAAUGACAAUAAAAGAAAAUACUACAAUACUAAUAGCAAUAAUGAUGAUAUUAACGAUAAUUCAAUAAGUGAUACAAUUAAUACUGAAAAUAGCCAACAACAUGAAAUUAUGAAUAAAAAUUUAAUGAAAACAAUAUAUCCAGAAAAUAAUAAAUUCAAUCAUAAUAAUAAUAAUAAUAGUAAUAUAAAUGAUGUAACAUUAGCAACAGGAUCAACAUCAUCAAAUAUUAUUAAUAAUAAUAUACGAAGUCAAAGUAAUUCACCAAUACCAGUUAUUCAACAACAACAACAAUUAGUGGCUGCUAAAUUUUUAGCUGCUGCAGCCGCAGCUGCUGCUGCUGCUGGUGGGUGCGGGGUUUUACAAUCAAAACAGCAACAUUUAAUUAAUGAUGAACAUAAAAUGAAUGAUUAUGAUUCAACAACAACAGCAUCAUCAAUAUCAUUAAAUAAUAGUAACAAUAAUGUUCAACAACAAGAAUCAGAUAUUCUUGAUAAUACAAGGGGAUAUAAUUUAUCACCAAUACAGCAACAACUAUCACAACACAAUAGUAAUAAUAAUAACAAUAAUAAUAAUAACAGUAAUGAUAUAAUAGAUAACGAAAAUUUUCAACAAAAACAAUCAACUUUAAAUAUGAUUAGUGCAGCAAUAUCAUCAACAACAAGCUCAACAGUAAAUUCUUCAUCAUCACCUGUAGCUCAAACAAAUUCAGGUAGUGGAACAACAGGAGUAUCAUUACAUACAAUGGCAACAGGAACAACAAGUACAUCGACAACGCCAUCUAAUAUUGAAAAACAAAACAAUAAAAGAUUGCGUACAACAAUAUUGCCAGAACAACUGAAUUUCUUAUAUGAAUGUUACCAGAAUGAAUCAAAUCCAAGUCGUAAAAUGUUAGAAGAAAUUUCAAAGAAAGUUAAUUUGAAAAAGCGUGUAGUACAGGUUUGGUUUCAAAAUGCUAGAGCUAAGGAGAAAAAAAGUCGUAAUAAUCGUUAUAUUGAUGAAAAUAAUGUGCUGGAACAACAACAUAAUCAUGAUUCAAAUAAUUCUUUAUCAAAUCAACAACAGCAACAACAACCAAAAUCACAACAGCAGCAUCAUCAUCAAUCACAACAACAGCAACAACAAUCAUCGUUAUUGAUAUAUGAUGAUUGUAAAUUAUGUAACAUAAAACAAGUAAAUAUGCAAGAACAUGUAUUUUCAUCUGGUCAUAUUAAUCAAGUAAAAUUAAUGCUUGAAUCAACUGAUAUUAUAAAUAAUGGUAAUAAUAAUAAUAUAUUCAAUAAUAUUAAUAAUAUAUUAGAUAAUUCAAUUUUAUCAUUAAAUAAAAAUUUAAUAAACGAAAAUAAUUAUAAAGGUAGAUGA